GUCUAAACAAAUAUGAGAGUCGUCGUACCUUACCUUUGGAUCUCGAUGACUCAGAGCUACUCAGAUUUCAUGAAGACAUCACUGACUCAGACUCAGACAAAGUUUUAGUUUAACAUCACGCCAAGCUAUGAUAUCCCCGAAUCCCAGUAGGCUAUCCCAGUUCUGGGAUUCUGUCCCCGCUCAUCUUAGAUAUUUAUUUGUAGUCACAACAGGAAGAGCUAGUAGUUUUUGCCUUUAAAAUAAAAAUAAGAAAAAAACACUCGGAUAAUGUCCGACACUCCAGAAGAGCAGCCCACCAAGCAGGAUGGGCCUGCGGCUCCCGCUGCCAAGGAGGAGGAUAAAGCAGCUGCGCCUGCUGCUUCUUCUAAGGAGAAAUCCGGCAAGGGAAAAGACAAGGACAAAGCGGGCAAGGGAGAGAGAGGGACUGGCAGCCAGCGCACAUCUCUGACUAAGUCUGGGGGGGUGACCAGCCCCUUCGGCAUGGCUCCGCAGCCGAAGCCCACUAUGCGCUUUAUGCCCACGUAUCGCCUGGAACCCAAGAACCCUUUGAACAAGGAGCGGGUGGAAAUAAUCAUGAAGGCGGUUAUGAACAAGCACUACAACGAUGAGUACAUGUUUCAUCCAAAGCACUCGCUGCACAUGGCAGCCCAGAUCAGCGAGGAGAUCAAAAAUCGCAUUAAAUUAAUGAACUAUGAUAGAUAUCGUUACAUAGUGCUCGUCACUGUGGGCGAGUGCCUGAUGCAGGGCCUCUAUUCGAUGGUUAACUUCUUGUGGGAUGCUGAAAAGGAUGGAUUCGUCACAUAUAAGGUGGAGCAACCUUCAUAUUAUGCCAUCUGUACAACCUUUUAUAUAUAUUACGAUUGAACUUGGAUUGCUAUUAAAUCAAACAUAAGUGUUUACGUUGAACAUAUCCAUGGCGCGGAUUAUUUUACCUUCCUGCUUCUGGGAUCGGAUUGGAUCGUUGCACUGCAUCACGACGGGCACUAGAACUCACUUUUUUCACAGCGAAACUUUGAACACAUUGACAUUGACAUUGUAAUUGGGAUAGAUUGUUGACGAUUAUAUUUUAUUUAAGUAUCAGUAUAA